UGGGGUCAAAGGGAGAUAAAUCGGGAGGCUGCGUACGCCACCGGGGGACGGAGCUGACAGUCGUAGACGAACGAGCAUCCGCACCACACGCUUCUCCAAACCCAGUUAGAGUACCCCUUUGCGAGAUGUGGGACGAUGUAGAAGAAGAAACCCCUGCACCAGCAGAGCCUGCACCGGAGGAGGCCCCCGCCGCGGCCGCCGAGACUGCCGCAGCAGCCAAGCCCGAGGAGGCCGAGCCCCCUGCGCCCGAAAACACCGUGUUGGGCACCGAGCCUAAAAAACUAGUGUUCAAACACUGGAUCAGGCCGAGGUUCCUCCAAUACACGUACCUGUACGACUACCAGCACAACUACUAUAACGACGUCAUCAACUACCUGGACAGGCGGAACAAGGGCCUGCCCGUGGAGCGGCCGCGCGCCCAGACCUGGGGCGAGCGCGUGCUGCGCACCUACCUCUCCAAGGGAGGCUACUCAACCUCCAAGUCUUCCAAAGACUCCGCUCUCCUCAGACACAUUUCGACGGGCGCCAGGUUCCACCGCUACCAUAGCAAGUCCCUCAUCUCGAGGAAGUAUUCCAGACUCGGAUUUAACACCGUCUCCAUCUAGCUUCGCUCUAACACCCUCGCUUGACCUCGCUUGGCGGACUCCGUUCCGAAGUGCCGGCGUGACCUUUGUGUCGAUGUUACAGGAUUUCGUUGGUGUGAUGCAGCAAACAGCAGCCACCGCCUGAACGGUACAAUACAGAGUUCGGAAGCCGUCCGCAUUCCUAUUUUAAUACCUGUCUUAUUUGAGUAAGACAAUAAAAUUUUAAGUUAA